AUGGCAGAAUGGGAACAAAAACAGGCCGCCCCAUUGGCGGAGCCCCUGAGCCCGCCCUCCCUGGCUCUGCUUAGCGACAGAGAUGGAGGUGGUGUGAGACUGACUCAGUGGCUGCUCCACCACUGCCGCAGUAGUAACAGGAAGAGUCUAAUCCUCACCACCACCUCUCCCACGCUGCCACGCCCUCACUCUCCCCUGCCCGGCCACCUGGGAAGCAGCCCCCUGGACAGCCCGCGCAACUUCUCCCCCGGCACGCCCGCCCACUUCUCGUUCGCCUCGUCCAGACGGGAUGGACGCCGGUGGUCCCUGGCUUCUCUCCCUUCCUCUGGAUACGGAACCAACACCCCCAGCUCUACGUCUUCCAGCUCCUCUCAGGAGCGUCUGCACCAGUUGCCAUUCCAGCCCACCAUGGACGAGCUGCACUUCCUCUCCAAGCACUUCGGCAGCACCGAGAGCAUCACCGACGACGACGGCGGACGCUGCUCUCCACAUGUGCGCCCGCGGUCACGUAGCCUCAGCCCGGGCCGCUCGCCAUCCUGCUACGACAACGAGAUCGUGAUGAUGAACCAUGUGUACAAAGAGCGCUUCCCCAAAGCCACGGCGCAGAUGGAGGAGCGCCUGGCCGACUUCAUCCAGGUCUACUCCCCCGAGAGCGUGCUGCCCCUGGCCGACGGCGUGCUCAGCUUCAUCCACCACCAGAUCGUGGAGCUGGCGCGCGACUGCCUGGCCAAGUCGCGCGAGGGCCUCAUCACCACCGUCUACUUCUUCGAGCUCCAGGAGAACCUGGAGAAGCUGCUCAACGACGCUUUCGAGCGCUCAGAGAGCUCAGAAGUGGCCUUCGUCUCUGAGCUGGUCAAGAAACUCCUCAUCGUCAUCUCCCGCCCUGCCCGACUCCUUGAAUGCUUGGAGUUCAACCCCGAGGAGUUCUACCACCUCCUGGAGGCCGCCGAGGACCACGCCAAGGAGGGGCAUCUGAUGAAGACCGACAUCCCACGUUAUAUCAUCAGCCAGCUGGGGCUCACCAGGGACCCUCUGGAAGAAAUGGUCAACCUGGACAGCUACGACAGCGAGGGGCCCCUCACCCCAGAGACGGAUGACUCAGCUGAGGGCAAGAUGAGAACCAUGAAGCCCCCAGGAGAGGCUGACUUCCAGACUAUCAAGCUGAUCAGCAACGGGGCUUACGGGGCUGUGUACCUGGUGCGCCACCUGGAGACCCGCCAGCGUUUCGCCAUGAAGAAGAUCAACAAGCAGAACCUGAUCCUGCGCAACCAGAUCCAGCAGGCCUUCGUGGAGCGCGACAUCCUCACCUUCGCCGAGAACCCCUUUGUCGUCUCCAUGUUCUGCUCCUUCGAGACGCGUAGACACCUCUGCAUGGUCAUGGAGUACGUGGAGGGGGGUGACUGUGCCACACUGCUGAAGAACAUCGGUGCACUGCCCCUAGAGAUGGCACGCAUGUACUUUGCUGAGACUGUGCUCGCCCUCGAGUACAUCCACAACUAUGGCAUCGUCCACCGAGACCUGAAGCCUGACAAUCUACUCAUCACCUCCAUGGGCCAUAUCAAGCUGACGGACUUUGGCUUGUCCAAGAUCGGCCUGAUGAGCCUGACCACCAACCUUUACGAGGGCCACAUCGAGAAGGACACGCGGGAGUUCUUGGACAAGCAGGUGUGCGGCACGCCCGAGUACAUCGCUCCCGAGGUGAUCCUGCGGCAGGGCUACGGUAAACCGGUGGACUGGUGGGCCAUGGGCAUCAUCCUGUACGAGUUCCUGGUCGGCUGCGUGCCGUUCUUUGGGGACACACCUGAGGAGCUCUUCGGACAGGUCAUCACAGAUGACAUAAUGUGGCCAGACGGGGAUGACGCGCUCCCUGCUGAUGCCCAGAACCUGAUCUCUGCCCUGCUGCAGACCAAUCCCAUCGUCCGACUAGGAACAGGAGGAGCUUUUGAGGUGAAGCAGCACCCCUUCUUCACUGAGCUGGACUGGAACAGUGUUCUAAGGCAGAAGGCCGAGUUUGUCCCACACCUAGAGUCUGAGGAGGACACCAGCUACUUUGAUACUCGAUCAGACCGCUACCAUCACUUGCACUCGUAUGACGAGGACGACACGAACGAUGACGAGCCGGUGGAGAUACGGCGCUUCUCCUCCUGUUCGCCGCGCUUCAGCAAGGUGUACAGCAGCAUGGAGCACCUGUGCCAGCUGGAGCACAAGCCAUCGGGCGUCACCAGGCGCGAACACAAGAGCCACCGGGAGGACAGGGUGACCAAGAGGGAGAGCCUGGGCAGCCUCACACUCCGGGACAAGACCUGGAGGACCGGCUCUCCGGAGAUGAAGCGGCUGUCCUGCUCAGAGUCGUCCUUCACCGAGAGCGACUCCAGCCCUCCGUCCGGCGUGCGCAGACGCUUCUCGGCGCUCAUGGAGACGCACCGCUUCGCCUCGCCGCUUGAGUCCGACGGCGAGAUGCCGUCCCUCGCCAGUCGGCAGGCCGCCGUGAAGACCAGGGGCACCUCUCUGGAGGGCGCCACCAUGCCCGCCCUGUCCAGCCUGGCAGAGCUCACAGCCAGCCCCAAGGAGAGCAGCGCAGCACCGGCUGGAGAUAAGCUGCUCAGGCCAGCAGACUCUGCAGCUGGACCUGCUGUAGCCGGCGCUGCCGCUGCUCCCCACCCUCCUGGAGCCUCGUCCAGGGACCUGACCCCAGGGGACCCCCUCGGGCCCCGCGCCACCAACGACCUGGUCCUGCGGCGCGUCCGUCAGCAGCAGUUUUCCGUCGACGACGAGAAGAAGACCCCUCGUACGGGCACCAAGGUCAUCAAGUCCGCCUCUGCCACGGCCCUCUCCGUCAUCAUCCCAACAGUGGAGCAGCAUGGCACGUCUCCUCUGGCCAGCCCCAUGUCUCCACGCUCCACCUCGUCCAACCCGUCCUCGCGCGACUCCUCGCCCAGCCGGGACUACUCCCCGGCGGUCAGCGUCCUCCGCUCGCCCAUCACCAUCCAGAGGGCCGGCAAGAAGUACGGCUUCACGCUCCGCGCCAUCCGCGUCUAUAUGGGGGACAGUGACGUCUACAGUGUGCACCAUAUGGUCUGGCAUGUUGAGGUGGGGGGUCCUGCUCAAGAAGCUGGUCUUUGCGCUGGUGACCUCAUCACCCAUGUCAAUGGAGAGUCUGUCCACGGGCUUGUGCAUACGGAAGUAGUUGAACUUAUUCUGAAGAGUGGAAACAAAGUCACAGUCACCACUACUCCUUUUGAGAACACAUCGAUCAAGAUUGGGCCGGCACGCAAGACCAGCUACAAGGGCAAAAUGGCUCGACGAAACAAGAAGUCUGGAGCUAAAGAGGGACAGGAAAGCAAGAAGCGCAGCUCCCUGUUCCGGAAGAUUACCAAGCAGUCCAACCUGCUGCACACCAGCCGAAGUCUGUCGUCCCUCAACCGCUCGCUGUCCUCCGGAGACAGCCUGCCUGGCUCGCCCACUCACGGCCUGUCUGCCCGCUCCCCCACGCAGACGUACCGCUCCCCGCCCGAGUCCGCCUACCUGGGCACGUCGUCCCAGAGCAGCUCGCCAGCGUCCAGCACGCCCAACUCGCCGGCCGCCUCCCAGCACAUGCGUCCGAGCUCGCUGCACGGCCUCUCGCCCAAGCUGCACCGCCAGUACCGCUCGGCGCGCUGCAAGUCGGCGGGCAACAUCCCGCUGUCCCCGCUGGCGCACACGCCCUCGCCGACCACCUCCUCGCCGCCGCCCAUCGCCGGCCACUCGGUGGGCAGCUCCAACACCACGCAGGCCUUCCCGGUCAAGCUGCACGCGUCGCCGCCGGUGACCCGGCCGCGGCCCAAGAGCGCCGAGCCGCCGCGCUCGCCGCUGCUCCAGCGCGUGCAGUCGGCCGAGAAGCUGGGCCAGCCGCCGCCGUCGUCGUUCCCCUCCUCCUCGUCCUCCUCGUCCUCCUCGCUCUCGUCCUUCACGUCGCCGUCGGUGUCCGGCCAGGAGAGGAAGGUCGGCGGCUCGUGCGUGGUGCGCAAGCACGGCCUGGACGGGGCGCUGCACGGCGACUACCGCCGUGAGCCCUUCCACUGCGAGUCGGCGCUACAGAGCCUGCAGGAGAUCGAGGGGGAGAACGCGGCGGGCGAGCGCGGCACCCCGGGCUCGCCCGACGACAGCCCCGCGCCCGCGCCGACCCCCGCGUUCAGCCCCGGAGACGACCUGACGCUGAAGCCGUCCCGGAGGCUGGGCAGGCAGGAGUCGCCCCUCAGCAGGGACAGCUUCCUCACGGGGAGGGACAGGGCCGCGUCGGAGGCCCUGAAACUCGACCCGCAGCCCGCCAGCAAGGCAGCGUCCCUACAGACUGACCCGGUCAAGCCCAAAGAGACCACUGUCGAGAAGCCCCAACCCAGCCAUGCAGCAGUGACCCCAGCAGUUGCGUCCCUUAAAGUCACCAUUGCUGACCGACUCUUGAGCACUUCCAGCCCUGUGACCACCUUCUCUGGCUCUGGGGCCAAGGCCUCAGAAAAGGGCUCAGCGACUCCUUUCACCCCGAGUCCGUUAGCCCAGGAGCAGGGCCAGCGGACCGGUCAGAGGGUGCUGACCGCCGGCACUCCGGCCCAGAGCCUCGACAAGGGAAAAGCCUCGGGGCAAAGUCAAGCAGACAAAGGCGCUGCGCCCAAAGCAGCAGCUCCCACAGAGGCGACCAAAGCAGGGAAAGGGCCAGAGGCGGUGGGCAAGGAUGGACCUGGGCUCAAGGAAGGGACAGGGACCAGUGAGAAACAGCCAGAGGCUAAAGCCAAAGCUCAAGGACCUCCAGCCACAGACUCAGGCCCCACUGCAGCAAAGCCCAAAGAGGGGAAGGUCUCAGUCCCGUUCCUCAGUCAGCGAGGCGCCCGAGAAGAGAAGCGUUUCCUGGAGGUGGUGGAGGAGCACCCCGCGUCCCCCUCCCCGACGGCUCUCUCUCCGUCGUCCAGCAAGUCGCGAGCCGCUUCCCCUGGAGACAGGGCGAGCUUCGUCACCCAGCUGACCAGUGUAGCCAAAACGGUGCUGGGGCCUAUGAAGCUGGGCUCCCAGGACGGGGGCAAGGCCAAAGAUGGGAGCCCAAAGGGGGCUGACGAGAAGCGGGGAGGCUCGUCAGGAAAGUCCGAGGCUUCGAUCGGAAGCCGACGGGGGGCCACGGGAACUUGGCCUGGGCCCGGCUCAUCAAAGUCAGAUAAAGCCAAGAGCUCCAAGAAUCACUGAUCAUGUCAAGCCAAUUCCAAAUGCCUUUUAGGAAGUGUCACAAUAUCUCGCCAAGUCAGUUAAGCCUGCUUGACUACAAAAAAAAACCCAUAUCAUCAGGCAUUUGUAUCAUAAAUGAAACAAGGAAAAUAGAUCCAAGAAAGGUGCUUCAAUAACUGUUGUCAAAUGUGUGUGCAUAUGGUGUUAUAUGUAUGUUCAACAUCAUAGGUGUAUAUAGGAUAAAUAUGUAUGUUUUCUUAAUGCAUGUUUCACAUAAAAAAAAGAAUGAAAACAGACCUAAUGCUAGUGAACAUUGUGAGCACUCACCCACACUUCACUACUCUCCCACUGCCCAUGGGAACUGCAUAUCUACAGUCAGGUUUUUGGAGCAUAGCUCAGAAAAGUACGUAGCAUUGCCUGAGCUAUAGCGAUGAUAUCAGAUGGAUCGUAGAUGUCCACUCUGACACCAAACUUCAUCUGUUAUGAGACACCGCAGCACAUGAGCGUUAGGUAUGGCACGACGCAAAUGCAGCUUGACGUGACAGUGCUAAUGGCAUCGAGAAACACCACAAAGACUCAUUUGUGUACCAUGAAGAUUGUGGCCGUGUGACAUACAUGAAUUGUUUCUGUAACUGUGAUCGUCGCUGAAAAAUGUGUGACUCGAAAAAAUUGCUGUACGGCUACUGUUUGAUGGCUUUAAAAAGAGCCGUUGCCUUGGUGGGUAAGAUUGGUAAUGGCAGACUUGCACAAUGCUUGCUGGAGUUGCACAUCAAUGCGUUUGGAAGACGGAUUUCCGGCUGGUGGUCCUCAAGUCGAGUUUACACGGUGCACAAGGAUGCGAUGUCAGUGAAGCCCUGUUGUGGGACCCUGAGCCAGAUGAGACUGGGAGGGGUCACCAUCAAAUGUUCAUGGCCUCUUGGGCUUUCAGAGAGCUGGGGGAAGUGAUGUCAAAAGUACAUCCUGUGCAUGCUGUCAAAUGUGAAGUCAAAGUUUGUGUGUAUUUCUCAUCAAGCUCAUUGUGCUCCAGAUGAUCAGAGUGGGCAUGAUACCUAUCCAUUCAAUGCACUAUCUGCACCUGCAAUCUUGACUAAUAGACUUCUUACUGAUCUCUUCCUUGUUGUAUGCAAAGACAUCUUUGUUCUGUGGUGUUGUCUCAUAGAAAGAGAUGCUGUGAUGUUGUGAACAAUGCAUAGGCAGUCCUCGUGGGGAUUCGCAGUCUAAUCAUUUGUCAUCUCUCUGAGUUUGUCCUAGAUUCUUUUUCUUAACCACAUCUAUUCUGCAAGCAAGUUCAAGUUGUUAGCAACAAAGAAAAUGAUCCACAUGAAGUUAUACAGGGCCAAAUCAGAGUACCAUCACAUAGGUGUUUUUGUGCCAUUGUAGCUGUCCCAUUCUUUUUUUCAAUUCAAUUAGAAAUGUUUGUGCGAGUACUUAAUACAAAACGAAUAAAUGGAUGGUUUUCUGUGUGUGCGUGUGUGUUACAAAUUUAUGAUGUAGUGAUAGAACCUUCGGUCUGUGAUCUGUCUUAUGGACGACAUUUCCAUCUGGGUGUCUGUUGCCUGUCUCUGUGUCUAGUUUUGUAGGCAUAGAUUCCUUUGCCUGAGGUACAGUACACUUAUUGUGUUUGUUAGGGGCAGAAGCUGUUAAAGAAUGCACUUUAUUUAUGUAUUUAUUUAUUUUCUAAGCAUUUUUUGUUGAAGUAUAUGCAUUUAUUUAUUACUUAUUUAUUUAUUUACUUGCUUUGAACAGAGGUGUAAUCAUACCAUGCUCAUCAUGGGAAUAUCAAUGUCAUUGUCACAAUAUUUCAUGAUAUUUUAACUUAUUUAUUUGCUUGUGUGUGCGUGCGUGUGUGCGUGUGUGCGUGUGUAUGUGUGACAGCAGGGCUACACCGGAAGCGUAAAAAUAGUUUUUAUGACUUUUUUUUUGCCCGAAUGUGCAGAGCGCUCUCACGUCUGGUGUAACCAUUUCCAUUUAUUAUAGUGGGUUUCACUUGUUGUAGCAUACGAUAGGCCUACGUGAAUAGAACGCUUCAGUCGCGCGCCAGGUGUAGCCCCGCCGUGAGAGGAAAGUUGCUGUAUGUGCUUCAAAUAUCCUACUUAUGUUACAAUUUCCAUUUUCUGUAUUGUUUCUUUACUCAGGCAAUGUUGUGAACCAAUGCAAAAAAAAAAAAAACUGAAGUGCAGUACAAAAUAAAGUUGA